CACUUGCCCUAUAAAAUAAUGCAGCUGUCUUCAAGAACAAUUGCGGUUAGGCAGGUAGGUGUUAGAGAGAGAGAGAGAGAAGACAGAGAAUAGAGAUGGAGGAGGAGAUAGUAGUCGCCGGCGACGUUUGUACUGGUGGUGAUGGUGCUGGUAGCGAUAGUGGUGCUGUAGGUAGUGGAGGUGACGAUGCUGAAAGAGGGAGCGGCAUUGGAGUGGUAGUCGGAGAUGGAAGCGGGAGCAGCAGCCGAGUCGGGAGAGGUUCAGAGGAUCGAGUUAAAGGGCCUUGGUCUCCUGAAGAAGACGCUAUUUUGAGUAGACUAGUGAGCAAGUUUGGCGCCAGGAAUUGGAGCCUCAUCGCCCGAGGUAUCGCGGGGCGGUCUGGCAAGUCUUGUCGGCUCCGAUGGUGUAAUCAACUUGACCCCAGCGUGAAGCGUAAGCCCUUCACUGAAGAAGAAGAUCGGAUCAUACUUGCAGCCCAUGCAAUUCAUGGAAACAAAUGGGCAUCAAUUGCGAGAUUGCUACAAGGGAGAACAGAUAAUGCAAUAAAGAACCACUGGAAUUCUACCUUGAGACGUAGGUGCAUGGAGCUUGACAGGUUUAGAUCAGCAUCAGGUGAGAUGUUGGAAGAAGCCAGCCUUGACAAGACCAAAGCAUCCUCUGAAGAAACAUUGUCAUGUGGCGACAUCAAUUCGUUCAAGUCCUUGGAUGGAAAAGAUGUUGUCAACUCACUGGAGAACAUGCCAAACCAGUAUGAAGACAAAGGUCAAACAAAAGAGGAUCACUGCAGCAUUAAAGCAAAUGACCCACCUACCCUCUUCCGUCCUGUGGCACGUGUAAGUGCAUUUAGUUUUUAUAAUCCUUUGGAUGGUCAUAGAAUUAGAUCUCCAUCAUCUGCAGUACCAUUGUAUGGGUCUUUGGUCCAACCCUCGAAACCAGAUAUUGAGAUCUCCAAAUUGCUUGAGGGUGGCAUCUGUGGUGAGCCCUUAGUACCGCGACGAUGUGGGCAUGGUUGCUGUGGAACUCAGAGUGAGGGACAGUCUCAAAGUUCUUUAUUGGGACCUGUAUUUGUUGAUUUUGUGGAACCUCCACCAUUCUCCAGUCAUGAAUUGGCCUCAAUAGCCACAGAUUUAAGUAACAUUGCUUGGCUCAAGAGUGGCUUGGAGAAUGGCAGCACCAAAGUACUGAAUAAUGCAUCUGGCCGGAUGAUGUCCCAAUCCCAAGGGGUGCAAAUGCAAAUGGGACAACUUGAGAGCAGGAAGCAUGACCAUUUGCGUUUUGAAGAGGGUAGAAACAAACUGAUGGGCAUGAUGACGGAAGUGCUAUCAUCCCAGAUAGCUAGGCAACCUUUUGGUCUACCACCUAAAGUUGAGAGCUUAAGUUAAGAUGAUAGCUAAGCAAACUUUUGGUCUACCACCUAAAGUUGAGAGCUUUUGUCAAGAUGAUAGCUAAGCAACCUUUUGGUCUACCACCGAAAGUUGAGAGCUUAAGUUAAAAAUGAGUUUCAGGGUUUUCAUGUCCCUAAUGGUGGCAACAAAAGGGUAGUCAAGGUAGGAAAAGAUUUCCUGCUUGAUGCAAGCUUUUUGGUCAUGAAAUAUUGCAAUUUCUUCAUGAAGACAUUAUUAAUCCAAGUGGACGAAUCAUGAAAAUGAGAAUGAGAAUGUAGAAGCGGUCUGUGAAUAUGCGUUUCAAUUGACAAUCAAAAAUGUCACCCUGACAUCAGAUUAGUUGAAUCAGAUGGUUGAAAUCUUAAUUCUAACAUUGAAAUGUAGUGGUCAAGUUGCAAAAUGCUGAUGGUGGUUUGGUCUGGUUUGAUGCCAAACCCUGCUUUUA